AUGGCAUAUCUACCUGCGGAUAAGGCAGAGGCCGAACUGGCUCAGAGUAUUAAAAAGGCCACUAGUCCUGAGGAAACGGCACCCAAGCAGAAACACGUUCGCAUGCAUAAGAUUAUCAAAGACGGUCAUCCAAAUGUAAUUAAAGACGCUUUGCAAGAGACAGGGUGGCUGAAAACUUGCGCACAAAGUGUUCAAGGAGAAGGUGUUCGGCAUUAUGGUACAUUGAUUCGAAACUAUGUGGAGCUACUUCUUCACAAACUCCAAUAUCAUCGUGAUCAUCCCGAGUUCAAUGGUACUUUUGAUUACGAAGAAUACAUCAGUCUAAAAAAUAUAGACGAUCCUAAUGAAGGUUUUGAGACCAUUAGUGAUCUCAUGGUAUAUCAAGAUCGUAUUGAUCGAUUCCAGAAGAUUGUAUUUCACAAUUUUCGCAUGUCAUCCAACAACGAAUGUCGUAUUGCAUCGCUUGUACCUCUUGUGGAAGAAAGCUACGGUAUCUAUAAGUUCAUCACGAGCAUGAUGCGUGCCAUGUAUAAACGUUUGGAUGCCAGUGAAGCGCUUGCUCCCUUGGCUCAAAAAUUUAAACUUCAGCAUCACGCGCUUCGCAAAUUUUACUUUGAAUGUUCGAAUCUCAAAUAUUUGACGAGUCUCAUCAACGUGCCAAAGUUACCACAAGAGCCACCAUCUCUUAUGGAUGCCGAAACACCGACACUUCCGCACCGUCCAGCCGUUAUCGAACCGACCGCGACGCCUCCUGUGGAGCCUUCACCAGAGCCAGCGUCCGACCUCUGGGCACAGCAACAGCGCGAUUAUGAAGAAGAGCAACGUCGCCUGGCACAGCAACAAGCCGAGGAGCAGGAGCGCCUGAGGCAGCAGCAGAUGCAACAACAGCGCGAAUUUGAGCAGCAGCAACGAAUGUUGGCUGAACAAGAAAGAAUGCGACAGGAAGCUUUGAUGCGUCAGCAAAUGCAAAGUCAGCAAACCGGUCGAAUGAACGAUCUCGAAAUGCAACUCUUGAACUAUCGAAACCAGCUGGAGCGAGAUCAAAUGCUGCUCGAACAAUACGAUAGAAGAGUGAAAGCAUUGGAACAGGAAUUAUUACAAUUGAACAGCAACGCGCAGGCGAGGGAUGCGUCCAAAGACGAAUUGAUCCGCUCAUUACAAAGUAAGCGUUUUUUAAAAGCCAAUUCGGCUCAGGAGGCCAUUGAGAAAAUGGAGCGGCUUCAAGCGGAUAUGCGAGCCAAGAAUAACGAGCUUGCCGAUCUUAUCCGCGAACGAGAUCGAGCGAGAAAUGAAUUGGCCCGAUUCCAAAAGGCCCAAGGAGAUGAUAUUGAGCGUCUUCGACGAGAACUUCAAGAAGCACAAGAACGGGCCGAGAAACUGAGCCGAAGCAAGGGGGACGAAGUGAGCGCACUUCUCGCACGAUCCAAUCGCGAACGAUCUGAGCUGGAAGCGACUCUGGCCGAAAAGCAAGCACUCAUUGACGAAUUCCUGAAACAGAUCGACGAUCAACAAGGCCAAGCUGAUCACAUACGUCAUGAAAAAGAUGAGGAAAUCGCCGUUCUUCAAGCAGGCAUGGAUGAAUGUUUAGCGCAACUGGCCGAAUUGCAGAUGCGCGACAAUCAAAAAGAUUUGCAGGACGAAUUGGAGCGUCUCCAAAGUAGGCAAGCGUCGCAAUUGGAUGAAAUUUUUGACAGUAUCCUUGCGACCUGUAUUCAGAAAGUGAAUGACGGAAUUUAUGAAUUGGAAACUCCCGGCCAAAGAGGCAACGAAAAUGCGACGCCAGAGUUGAUGUUAUCUAUGAUCGAGAGAGCCAGUAUCACUUCAGUCGAAUUCAUGUCAGCUCUCAGCAAGUUCAUGGAUGGCAGCCAAGCCGGCGAUCACACCAUGGCGAUUACGCGCACGCUGGAAUUUGCAGAUACGAUUAUCGAUGUUUUGCUUCACAGCAAAGGCAUUAUCCGAUUCUUGACCGAUGAUCAAGACGAAGAGUUGGUUAUCAAUCUUGCGAAAACGUGUGCAGAGGUGACGAUCCAAUACUUUGGCAGUGUCAUGUCCAGCCAUUUGAAAAUCUUGCCGAGCUCCCAACGAGCGGAGACCGUGAUCAAAGGCGAUGAACGAGUGCAAGAAGCAUUGAUGAAUCUCUCUGAUAAAACAGAAGAUCUCAUCUUGGCAGGCACAGCCGACAUUGACAAAUUAGCCGAAGGAGAAGUGCGUGAUCUGGUAGAACAAGAAAUGAGCAACGCGGCCAAAGCGAUCGAAGAAGCCACGGCAAAAAUCCAGGCAUUGUUGGCCAAACCUUCGAAUCCCGAAUUUUCGGCUACGGAUCUGCAGGUGCAUCAGCUGAUCUUGAACUCGGUACUGGCAUUGACGAACGCCAUUGCAAAUUUAAUCAAAUGUGCUACGGCGUCGCAGCAAGAAAUUGUGGCGCAAGGCCGUGGCACAUCUUCCAAAGCUGCGUUUUACAAGAAACAUAACCGAUGGACGGAAGGAUUGAUUAGUGCGGCCAAAGCGGUGGCUGUAGCUACGAAUUUGUUGGUGGAAGCGGCGGACGGUGUGAUCAGCAAAACGCAUUCUCUUGAGCAGUUGAUUGUCGCUUCCAAUGAAGUAUCAGCGGCCACAGCGCAACUGGUGGCGGCUUCGCGUGUGAAAUCCACCAUCAUGUCCCGUACCCAAACCAAGCUAGAAAUGGCGGCCAAAGAUGUGAAGGCUGCUGCGGCUGAACUGGUAAAACAAGUCAAAGGUCUCGUUGCCCAAAAAGCGAGCAAUGAAGACGUGAUCGAUUUCAACAAGUUAUCCGUACACGAAUUCAAGCGUCGUGAAAUGGAACAACAAGUGAAGAUUCUGAAACUGGAUGCAGAAUUGGUCAAUGCGCGCCGCAUGUUGGCUGAAAUGAGACGAAGCGGCUACCAUACCGGUAAGUUACUCGUGGAUAUUGUGUCAUUUUUUCCCAUCAAUCUCUCAUACUUUCGUUCUUUCAUCUUUUUACCCUUGCAGAGGAGACGGAUUAGCUAA